GUACUGCAACACAGGUUAUCUGAUGCUCGAACAGCUUUGAUGUGCUCCAGUAUCUCUGGUCCAACACCUGAAUUAGACCUUAUUUGGAGGGUUUGGGAGGUUCCAGAAGAUUUCUUAUAUUUGGAUUUGUCUGCCACAAAUCUUCCUGGCAUUCCACAUGCUGGUGUCCGUCUUCACUGGGGCUGUUCCCACUCAUUUCUGCUGUUCCCGCACAAACGUCAGCCUGCUGCUGCCUGAGAUGGCCAAUAAGGCUCUACCUGACACUAUUGAGGAUGUGGAGGGACCCGGCUUCAGGGAGAAAUAUGGCAGCCAGCUUUGACAUGUCUCUAGGACUGAGGCAGCAGCACUGCUACAUGUACAAUAUGUGCUGUUUCCCACAUGAGUCUACUCAGCAACCUUCACAAACAACUCCCUCAAUAGCUUCACUGGAACACAGACGAAGAGUGCUGCUGACUUGGGUCAGUCAUUAUAUGGAGAAACAGCAGUUUGAUACGACUGGAAAUCACCUUCACCCAACAAUAAAGGUCGAUAUGGACUCAUUACUUCUGCUCAUCCACCUUCUUAGUCAGUUGUGUGGGUGUUUGUAAAAGAGGAAGAACAAGCUGAGGAGAUGGGGAGGGUGAGCAUCCUGUCACCGGGCUCCUCCCUCAGAAAGCCGACGCCUCCUGAUGUGGCUCCCUCCUAUCCACUGCGGGGUUUGGGAGGUUCCAGAAGAUUUUGUAUAUUUGGAUUUGUCUGCCGCAAAUCUUCCUGGCAUUCCACAUGCUGGUGUCCGUCUUCACUGGGGCUGUUCCUCCUCAUUUCUGCCGUUCCCACACAAACGUCAGCCUGAUGCCUGCCGUCGAUGGGCAGCCUGAGCCACAGUGUAGAGUGCUCCUAAACCACAGUGCAGCUGUAACACCUGGCAGUGGACAAGCUGCCAGCAGCUGCCCAGGGAGCUGGGAGUACAGCAAGGAGACCUUCAGGAGCACUGUUGUAACCGAGUGGGACCUGAUUUGUGACAACGCCAGCCUAAACAAUGUGGGUUCCUCCAUCUACAUGUUUGGCCUCCUGGUUGGAGCUGUGCUGUUUGGGACCUUGGCUGAUAAGUAUGGUCGCAGGAUCAUCAUCCUCAUCAGUCUCGCUAUUCAGGCUGUGUUUGGUGUUGGUGCUGCUUUUGCUCCUAACUUCUACACCUACACUGUCCUUCGUUUCAUGGUGGGAACAUCCAUCUCUGGUGUGAUCAUGAAUGCCUUUGUCCUGGGCACAGAAUGGACAGGAUCCAAGCAGCGGAUGCUGGCCGGUAUAAUCACCGACUACUUCUUCGGCUUCGGCUACAUCUCGCUGGCUGGCGUGGCUUACCUCAUACGAGACUGGCGUAAACUCCAGCUGGCGAUUUCAGCGCCAGGCUUCCUCUUUGUGGUCUACAUCUGGGUGCUGCCAAAGUCGGCUCGCUGGUUAAUGGCCAACGACAGGAAGGAGGAAGCCUGGGAGCUGAUCCAGAAAGCAGCGCAGAUGAAUGAGAAGCCGCUGCCAAAAGACCUGCACAUAUACCAGGUCUGUACGGAGGAGAAGCCAGAUGUGAGAAGAAAAUACUCCUUCAUCGACCUGGUUCGAACCCCAAAGAUGAGGAAGCAGUCUCUGAUUGUGUUUUACCUCUGGUUCGUCAAUGUAUUGGUGUACUACGGCCUUUCCCUCAACAUCUCAGACUUUGGCAUGAACAUCUAUCUGACCCAGCUGAUCUUUGGCCUGGUGGAGAUGCCUGCACGCACCAUCACCCUGUUCACCCUCAACCGCUCCCGUAAGAUCUCCCAGCUGGCGUUCCUGGCCGUGGGGGGCCUGGCCUGCCUGCUGACCAUCUUCAUCCCCAGUGACCUGUAUGUGGUCAGAACAGUCCUGGCCAUGACUGGGAAGUUUGGGAUCACUGCGUCUCUGUCUAUCAUCUACAUUUACUCAGCUGAGAUAUUCCCCACUGUUAUCAGACAGAACGGCAUUGGUAUAGGUUCCAUGUGUGCUCGGACCGGAGGCGUCCUGGCUCCCAUGAUGUACCUGCUGAGGAACAUCAGUCCCAAGGUUCCGAUGGUCUUGUGUGGCGUCUGCCCUAUCCUGGGCUCUGCCUUGACCCUGCUGCUGCCUGAGACGGCUAAUAAGGCCCUACCUGACACUAUUGAGGAUGUGGAGGGACCCAGCUUCAGGGAGGAAUAUGGCAGCCAGCUUUGACAUGUCUCUAAGGACUGAGGAAGCAUCACUGCUACAUGUAUGUGCUGUUUCCCACAUGAGUCUACUGUAAGUCUAUGCUUCCAGUGGAAGCCAAGAUUAGCCUUUGGUCUUUGCAAGUCAAGCAAUAUUUUUUACUUGUUUUUGUGUGAACAUUUCUAGUCUGUGUAAUACGUACAUCAUAGACAGAAUACUACAUUUCAAUAAGGUGAGUUAUUACGUUUGUAAAUGGACUAAUACGCUGGGUAUAAGAGAGGAUAGGAUGGGUUGAAAACAAGAUAAGUGGGUGAUAUAAGCUGUACCUGGCAUUGUGUAAAUAAAACCGUACUGUUACAAUAAUCAACACCCAGAUUUUCAGUAAUUACCUGGCAACCGUGGAGCUGUGCUACAUUUACAGUAUGUCUGUUUUCUGUGUUUUAUUGUUAAACUGUGUUUGUAGCCUUCCUUCCUCACACCAGCCAUUUUUGUAACCACAGUGGAAGAGUUUCAGACACAAAGGUGUAACAAGCACCAGCAGUAGCCUUGGACUGACUUUACGUGUUCUGAGCCUCACAAAUGCUGCUUUAUCACUGUGUGAAUGCUGGGACAAGAUAUUUACAGCUUACAUGUUCAGAUGUUGGUUGUAAAAAUCAACAGCUAAACUGUCUAUGGAGAAACGCUGACACCUACUGGACUGCAGCAAGAUAUUUCUUACAGCUUUUAUAUCUUGUUUUUUGUUUCAACUGUUUCUAAAUUUUUUACGUUUUAUAUAUGAACAGUUUGCCGCACCUAUGUCUGUGAUGUGCUGCAUUUAUGUACAAUAAAGAAUUGAUAGUUGAA